ACAGUGGGGCGUUUGAGAGGAUGGAGGGUUAAAUGCCGAAACUUCGUAAUGGUAGAAAAUUCUGGAGCGCCGCCGGCGGGGCAGGGCCACGAGCAUCGUCUUUGCAGCACCGCGCCGCGCGGGGCCCAGGGGCCGCGCCCACGCCCGCCGCUCGGCGCGGACACGAGUGCCCCCGGCUUGAGCCGAACCUCUAGCCGAUGCCGCCGCCGCCGCCGCCGCCGCCGGGGAUGCGUACGCCGACUGGGAAGCGAGGGGGUAGGCGACCUGCGCGGCGCCGCCCGACAUGGCCGCGGCGGGCUGAGGUAGGUGCGGCGGCCGCAGUAACGCAGACCCGAGCGCUCCUCCGCUGCGGAGCGGCGUGGGGGUGCAGAGGCCGAGGGCGAGCGGGGCAGCCGCCCGCUCGUCGCCGCUGACCCGGAGCCCGGCCGCUGUUUCCGCCCCCUGCCGUGGCGGGCGGGCCUCCCCGGCACUACCCCGCCGCCCGCGCCCGCCAGCGCCCGAGGCCGGGGAGAAAGGGGAGCGGCGGGAGCCGGGGACCACCGGAGAUGGGAGCACGCCUCCUGCUGCCGUCGUCCAGCCCCAGGUUCCGGCGGAAUGUCCGCUCCCGGCUGGAGUCCUAUCGGCCCCACGCGGACUUGAGCCGCGACCACGCGGGCUGCAGCCUGCAGCACAUCAGCGACCCGCAGAACGCGGACGCGGAAGCACCGCCGCUCAGCACCGCCGAAGAAACACGGAGUCCAGAGAGGCACAGGCACCGGCCUGGCGCGCACAGCUCCACUCAGCGGCUUCCUUCCUACCACAUACGUAGGUAGGAAUGGGAGCCGAGGACCACUUGAUGCUUGAGGACGUCCUCUAGCAUAAAAGAUGGAAAGAAAACACACACCGAAGCAAGGGACCAAAGAACAGAAAAGAAGCGCAGAGAUCAUAGGAAAACUGCAAAGAAAUACCUGAUAAUAUCUUCCAAAGGAGUAGAGAAGACAUAACAUUCAUUAAGAAUACACAUAUAGAUGUAUAUAUACGUAUGAAGAAAGCCUGCUUGAUAUCACACAGUCAGGAGUCAACUGAGUUGCGGCUUUGAACUUAGGCUUAUCUGAUGCCGAAGUUUGUGAUGCUCUUCAACCAUUUAGGAUACCUCAGAGUGUGGAUUUUGAAUCACCUGCAUCAGCAUCAUUUAAAAAUAUAGAUUCUGUGGUCCUGACCAGGUCUCUGAAGUCAGAAUAUGAAGUGGAGCUAGGAAUCUAACUUCUUAACAAGUUCCCUAGAUUCAAGCUCUGGAAGUCAUAUUACAGAGGAACAAUUUCCUUCCUCAGGAUGAAAAUUUAUGGGAAUUCGGAGGAAAAUAUUUCAGUGGUCAUUACUAAAACGCUCAGAGUCAGAUACAUGCAGCAUCAUACCGUAAGUCCUGUUAGUCAAAGCAUAAACAAGCGCAGGGCCUGGCGUGGCUUCCUUCAAGUUGGCUGACUCAGUCUGGGAGGAUUCACUCAGCAAGAGGCAGAGGAACCAAGGCAGGAUGAAGACAUUGCCUGUGCUCGUGCUGUCUCUUACCUUACUGACUGUCUUCUCAGAGACCUCCCCGAUUUUGACGGAGAAGCAGGCCAAACAGCUUCUAAGAUCUCGGCGACAGGAUAGACCAAGCAAACCCGGAUUCCCCGAUGAGCCAAUGCGGGAAUACAUGCACCACCUGCUCGCCCUGGAGCAUCGCGCUGAGGAGCAGUUCCUGGAGCACUGGCUGAAUCCUCACUGCAAACCCCACUGUGACAGGAACAGGGUUCAUCCUGUGUAAGGGGAUCAGGACCAGCCUCGCAAGCAUUUUAAUAGACAACAAGCUGGACAAUGUUGAAACAAGACAAGGCUGCUUCUUUCACUUGUUUUUAAAUUGCAGAAAUGGAUGUCUUCAGACCUCGUGAACUGUGGGCAUAUCAAAGAUUGCCUUGGAAAUGGCAAAUAUAUAUACUGCUUCAUUUUACUAACUUGCAUAAAUCACUAAAACCAAUAGCUUAAAUCAUAGACACCUUCCAAAGUUCUUCCCAUCAGUUUGCAAGAGUGGGAACAACCAGAAUCUUACCUGGGGUUGAUGGAGCUGGAACUCCCAGACCAGGAGUUGGGGCAGUCUGCCUGCCCUAAGGAAUUUGGGGAAUCUUUGUUCAGAGUAGUGAAGCAUACCACUUGGGGUUGCUGAGUUGUUUUGUCUUCUAUUUUUUUCCUCUUCUUUUCUGCCCUAAUAAACAUUGGUAUUAAAUUUA